CGGAGGUUAUUUAUCUGUCGAGAUUGAUUGUAUUAACGUAAAGAUGGUUUAUUUAGGUCGAUGAAUUCUGAUUUAAAAGUCUUGGUGUAGUCUCCCGUUACAUUCAAAAAGUUUAAAUUUGGUUCCAAAGCUGAAGAUGGUGCCACACCGUGUAUCUACUUUUUAUCGUAUCUAUUUCAUUCCAUUUAGUUGGCUGUUUAUUUUUUUUUUCCCGACGAGCUUGAACAAUUGAGUUGGCAUGGGCAGAAUUAAUGACUGACUGCUGUACUUUUUGUAAUUAAAUGAGAUUGAUUGUCUUACUAUUUUAAUAACGCUUAUAGGAGAAGGUGAAUUUGAAAUGGUUAUUUGGAUGUGGUUCUGAUACGAUUUAUACUAACACUGACAGUUUUUCCUUCCAAAUUCUUUCUAAGGCUCCGGUGAACCUGAAGGUAGUAAAUUAGAAUGGCUGCACCUAGUGAGGUUAAUGGGGAUCCAAUUCAUUGUGCUGCAAAAGUUCCGGCUAUGGCUUAUCCCUUGUCAGAGGAGUCAGCCGAGGUGGCUGCGAACAUCAAAUAUCAUUCCCAAUACAGCCCUCAUUUUUCUCCUUUUAAGUUUGAGCCAGAGCAAGCUUACUAUGCAACUGCAGAAAGUGUUCGUGAUUCAUUAAUUAAAUUUCCUGUUCAAAUAAAUGAUGUCGCUCUCGACUUUUACAGCGAUGGAAUGAACACUUAUUUAUGUUUCCACGAAGUCGAUCCAAAACAAACUUACUACUUAUCCAUGGAGUACCUCCAAGGCCGAAUGCUUACUAAUGCAAUUGGCAACUUAAAUAUUCUUGAUGUUUAUGCUGAUGCCUUGCAUAAGCUGGGGAGUGAUAUCGAAAACAUUGCUGAGCAGAGACCACUAGUGAAAGAACUUGAAAAGUUCGAUCCUUGCAUGUCUUUGCCGAUCUCUUAUUGUGGAUAUAAGGUUUUGGUUGAAGGAAUUGGCUCGAUAAGUGCCAAGGUCAAUUUCAACUUGGCCAUGCCUUGUUCGAUAAAUGCCAGUAAAAGGCAGGCAUGA